AUGGGCCAGACCAGAGGACGAAAAGGUCAGCGCCAGGAGAAGAAGCUGAAAGUGCGCCGCCUAGCAACACUCCGCAUCUUGCCCACUGAGCAGCAGCAACCCCACAACAUCAACGGUCCCCCCCCCCCCCCAUACCAACUGAUGAUGGCUUCACUCAAGAUGAUACAAAUCUCGAGCUUCGAGACGAAUGAGAAGGCGAUUUCUGAUGCCGCAACCACUCAGAAGACUCCAUGGAAGAAGGUCGAGAUGAUGGAAGACCCGGAGCUGGCUGCAUGGAAACCCCCCAAGUUACCAAAUGGACCCCCGGCUGUGAGAGCGCUUUGGCUGCAGGAGGAGAUACGCAUCUGGGCCAAGGCUCGUGAAAACCCUAAAGACGUGACCCGCCAUGAAAUCCUGUUCAACACCACUAACCAUGAGAGCGGCGGGUGGCGAUCAAAGCGAGUACCCCCGCGCUUUGCUACAGAGCUGCUGGGGAUUCCUCUUCCCAUCGACAUCCCGGACGAUUUCUGA